AUGGCCGACGCCACCGCCGCCCUCUCAGCUCGGAGCAAGGUGCAGGCUUUCCUGGAGGCUGCGCGCGCCGGCGACCUCCAGUCUCUCAAGAGCCUCGUCGCGGCGCUCGACGAGGACGGCACGGGCGCCGCCUCCGUCGCCGCCGCCGUGCGCGACGCCAACAAGCGCACCGCCCUCCACUUCGCCGCGCGCGAGGGCCGUACCGACGUCUGCGAAUUCCUCAUCGGCGAGCUCGGCCUCCCAGUCGACCCAAAGGACGAUGAUGGCGAAACUCCGCUCAUCCAUGCGACACGCCAGGGCCAUCUGGACACUGCCAAGUACCUCCUUGACCAUGGAGCUGAUCCUUCGGUGGCCACCAACCUAGGAGCCACAGCGCUACACCAUGCUGCAGGCAUAGGAAACACAGAGCUCAUGAAGCUUCUCCUCUCCAAGGGAGUUGACGUCGAAUCAGAAAGUGACGCUGGCACUCCCCUCGUGUGGGCUGCUGGUCAUGGCAAUCCAGAUGCUGUCAAACUUCUGCUUCAACACAAUGCUAAGCCAAAUACUGAAAACGAUGAUGGUGUCACAGCAUUGUUAUCUGCUGUUGCUGCAGGUUCCCUCCCAUGCUUAGAGGUUCUAAUCGAGGCUGGUGCAAACCCAAAUGUCAAGGCUGGUGGAGCAACCCCAUUGCAUAUUGCUGCAGAUAGUGGAAAUAUAGAAGUUAUCAAAUGUUUGCUUAAAGCUGGAGCUGACCCGAAUACCUGCGAUGAUGAUGAACUGAAGCCAGUUCAGGUUGCUGCUUGGAGAAAUAACCGUGAAGCUGUGGAACUUCUUUUACCAUUAACAUCCCCAAUUCCAGGUGUUUCAAACUGGAACGUAGAUGGGAUUAUAGAACACAUGCUGCCUAAAGAGUAUGGGGAAAAGUCUCAAUUGAAGGAAGUGACAUCUCUGAAAUCAGGCCGAACACAAACUGUUGAGGUGUCACCCGAGGCAAAGAAAAGAUCCUUGGAAGCCAAAUCAAGGGGUGAUGAUGCCUUCAGAAGAAAGGACUACCUUGUAGCAGUGGAUGCUUAUACGCAGGCUACAGAGUUGGACCCAACUGACGCAACAGUGCUCUCAAACAGAAGCCUCUGCUGGCUGCGAGCAGGGCAAGCUGAACGAGCCCUGGAGGAUGCGAAAGCAUGCCGGGCAUUGAGACCAGAUUGGGCGAAAGCUUGCUACAGGGAAGGUGCGGCCCAUCGUCUGUUACAGAGGUUUGAGGACGCCGCCAACGCCUUUUAUGAGGGGGUGCAGCUUGAUCCGGAGAACAAAGAGCUUGUCAGCGCAUUCAGAUCUUGUGGUCAUGUUGAUGAAACAAACAAACAGGGAGGCCGUCGAAGCCGGGAGAAAGUCCCAUGGCGUGGACACGCCAAGCUCAACACAAUAAGACGAGGACUAUGUGGUGGGGCCUCAAGCUGUGCUGUUUGA